AUGGAUUGUGGUACUAUUGAAGAUGAAGGUAUCAAGGUUGACAACCUUGAUGAUGAUGACAACGCAUGUUGUUGGGAGCCUACAACAGGGAUGUGUUUUUCUUGCUUAGAAGAAGUCAAAUCAUUUUAUGAAGAGUAUGCUUUGAGAAAAGGUUUUGGGUGGAAGAUUAGAUCUUCAAGAAAAGGGCAAGAUGGGGAGCUCUGCUACUUAAUUUUAUCAUGCUCAAGAAAGGGGUCUAAAGUGUCAAAAAUUUCAUGUACGUUAAAAAUACUUCCAACUAAGGUAAAUAAUUGUCCUGCCAAGAUUGUUAUUAAGUUGAAUAAAGAUGGAUUGUGGUACAUUACAAAAUUUGAACCUGAUCAUACUCACGAGACAAGUCCUACAAAGGCAAGGUUGUUCAAAGCUAACAAGAAAAUGAAUUUGCAUGUAAAGAGAACAAUACAAAUCAAUGAUGAUGCAGGAGUGAGGAUCAACAAGACAUUUCAAUCUCUUGUUAAAGAUGCAGGAGGACAUGAAAAUGUACCAUUUGUGAAAGAGAUGGAACAAAAUUCAGAUUUCUUCUAUGACAUAGAUUUCGAUGAUGAUUUUCACGUAAGGAAUGUGUUUUGGGCUAACGCAAGAAGUAGAGCUGCUUAUGAAUACUUUGGAGAUGUUGUGACUUUUGACACAACAUAUUUGACUAAUAAGUAUGACAUGCCUUUUGUUGCGUUUGUUGGUGUGAAUCACCAUGGAAAGGCCCCUCUGGGUAUUGUGACUGACCAAUGCAAGGCUAUGAAAAAUGCCAUUGAAUUUAAGUUUGCAUUGAAAGAAGCGGUUUAUGACACAGUCACAAAAGAGGCAUUUGAAGAAAAAUGGCGUUCUUUCAUCGAAAAAUUUGAGCUUCAACAAAAUGAUUGGUUGAAUGGAUUGUAUAACGAACAUCAUAGAUGGGCACCAACCUUGCAAAUGAAAUAUUUUUGGGCAGGUAUGUCUACUACACAAAGAAGUGAGAGUAUACAUUCUUUCUUUGAUGGUUAUAUCAAUUCACCGACAAGUUUAAAUCAAUUUGUAAAACAAUAUGAUAAUGCUCUCAAAAGUCGAGUAGAAAAAGAAUUUGAAGCAGAUUUUAAUUCGAUUGGUACUACAAUUUCUUGUGGGUCAAACUCGUCAAUUGAAAAGCAAUUCCAAGGUGAAUACACUCAUGCCAAGUUUAAGGAAGUUCAAACAUAA